UUACAGAGGUGAAGCACAUUGUUCCGCGGCAUGUUUCAUUUUGAAUGAGAGUAAACUAUCGCUAAAUCUGUUUGUUUUUCAUUUAUUUGUACAUUCAAUUCUUAAAUUAUAAAGCGGAACAAUCCUACAGUUUGGUGAAAUAAGACUUUUGCAUUAAGCGUGCACUUUUUGUUUUAAGCGUAGACUCUAACGUUAUUUACUGAAGCGAUCCCUAAAAGACAGUGGGAAUCUCGCAUACAGACGGAUCUUAGUGUUGUUUAUUUCUAAUUAUCAUUCUCUUUAUUGUGGCAGUAUAGUUCAGCACUAGAUUUGGAUUAAGUUUAUUAUUUAAAUUCGUGAAAAGAUGGCUGGGAUUCUGUUUGAGGAUAUCUUUGACGUCAAGGAUAUAGAUCCAGAUGGGAAAAAGUUUGAUAGAGUUUCUCGUCUUCACUGUGAAAGUGAGUCUUUCAAAAUGGACCUGAUCCUUGAUGUAAACAUUCAAAUUUAUCCUGUUGACCUUGGUGAUAAAUUCAGGUUGGUGAUAGCAAACACAUUGUAUGAGGAUGGAACGCCAGAUGAUGGGGAAUACAACCCUCAAGAUGACAGGCCAUCCAGGGCUGAUCAGUUUGAUUACGUCAUGUAUGGCAAGGUUUAUAGGAUCGAGGGGGAUGAGACAUCUACAGAAGCAGCCACUCGCCUAUCUGCAUAUGUAUCCUAUGGAGGCCUUCUGAUGCGACUCCAAGGAGAUGCAAACAAUUUGCAUGGAUUCGAAGUGGACUCCAGAGUGUAUCUACUGAUAAAGAAACUUGCUUUCUAAAUGAUGUUGAGUUGAUCUCAUGGAACUUUUAGAAACGCUUGUUUCUGAGUAGUGAAAAAAAAGCCUUUUAUACGAAUAGUGUUUUCUUUUCAUGAGAAAAGGAUUUUGUCCAAUAUAUCUGGAAACUGAUCAAUAACUUAUGCAAAAAAACAAACAUAUUUGAUUAAAUGUGUUAGAAAAGUUUUUUUUGUCAUUUACCAAAUGUACAUUCUGAACCCGAAUAAUAAGUUCACAUACAUGCAACAUUACAUAUAUGUUAUUGUUUAGCUUUAAACUGUUUCAAAAUAAAUGUAAAUUUUCUUUUAGUUA